GGACGGGACGGACGGGGGCCGUCGUCGUCGCGAUAGCGGAGCGGAGAGCCCGGGAGCGAUGGUUUGCAAGAAAGCUCCUCUCAACUGUAGGCCGCAGCGAUGGAGCGUACAGCCCGAGGCCCGAAGGGGAUAGCGAUCUCUGCAUGCGACCUGGACGUAUGCCUCCUGCUGCUGCUGCUGCUGCUGACUGCAGGGCUUCGUGUCCAGAGCAGAUGCCCCGUUUUGUAAUCUUCCGACGCGGAGGUUGAUGGAGAUGCGCGGCAGCAGAUCAACGGGAGAGUGAGUGAGGGAGAAGCAGAGAGAGGAGAGAGAGAGAGAGCGCGAGGGGAGAGAGGCGGUGGAGAGUGGAGCGCUGGAGAGCAGCCAUUCCGCCACGUCGAAAUUAGCGAAGCAAGGUGAGGCGAGGCCAGGGAAGUGGACGACUGACUAUGACGGGCGAGAAGGGAGGAGGUGAACCCAGGUGGAAGAAGAAGAGGGUUUGCUCGCAGAGGGAGGAGGAGAAGGGGAAGGGGUUGUAGAUCAUCGCUUUGGAGCAGUCACACGGAGAGAAGUCGACCGGCUUUUGUGGUUGCAGUCUUCAUCGGCCCGGAGUCAGAGCUCACUGUGAAAUUCUCGAUCUGACGAACUGUGGCUCUGUUCAAUUAGAACCUGUUCAAUCCCGGUUUUGGGGCGGCAGUUCAGUGUGGGAGGUGAGGAUGUUCGAAGUUUGUCGAAUGGGAUAGACGACGUGAGGCAAUCAGUAUAGGUCAACAGGGUAGCCCGAACCAGUGAGGGCAAAAUGGAGCCAUUCUCCGGCGGGCAGGAUGAUCAGAAAAGGGACACUCAGCUCCGGCUGGAAGAAAUGAAAAAGGCGGCGGAUAUGAAGCUAUCGUUGCGGCAUGUCAAUUUGUCACCUGAAAGGCCCGAUGCCGCCUUUUUGAGAACCCUUGAUUCCGCGAUUAAGCGUAACACCGCUGUGAUCAAGAAGUUGAAGCAGAUAAAUGAGGAGCAGCAGGAAGGGUUGCUAGAAGAAUUGAGAUCUGUAAAUUUGAGCAAAUUUGUCACAGAAGCAGUUACUGCAAUUUGUGACGCCAAGUUGAGGACGUCUGACAUAAAUGCAGCAGUUCAGGUUUGCUCGUUACUUCAUCAAAGAUAUAAAGAUUUUUCUCCAAAUCUUAUUCAAGGUCUGGUGAAGAUGUUUUUCCCGGGAAAGACAGCCGAUGACGUAGAAACUGAUCGGGGCCAGAGAGCAAUGAGGAGGAGAAGCACUCUCAGACUUCUUGUAGAACUCUACUUUUGUGGUGUUUUUGAAGAUGCCGGAAUCUUUGUCACCAUCAUCAAAGACCUAACUAGCGCCGAUCAUCUCAAGGAUCGCGAAGUCGCACAAAUGAACUUGUCAUUGCUCGUGAGUUUUGCUCGUCAAGCUCGCGUUCUCUUAGGACUUCCUCUGGGUAAUCAUGAUGUCCAAGAAGAGAUCUACAAGGAGCUUAGCGUGACUGCUGAACAGAAGAAACACUUCCGCAAAUUGUUUCAGUCCUUUUUUGAUGUUGCUGUAGAUUUGCUACAAUCAGAACAUGGGUCAUUGAGGCUUCUGGAACAAGAAAAUGCGCGGAUGCUUAAUGUCAAAGGCGAACUGAGUGAAGAAAAUGCUGCUGCUUAUGAAAAAUUGCGGAAAUCCUACGAGCACUUGUUCAGGAACAUAUCUGCGCUAGCUGAGGCCCUUGACAUCCAACCGCCAGUCAUGCCGGAGGAUGGACACACAACUCGAGUAACAUCGGGUGACGAUGGAGCCUCCGCUUUCGUAGGAAAAGAUCUGAACGGCCCAGAGCCAGUUUGGGAUGAUGAGGACACGAGAUCCUUUUACGAAAGCUUGCCAGAUCUGCGAGCUUUCGUCCCAGCAGUUUUGCUUGGAGAAGCUGAGCAAAAAGGCGAUUCACAGAGUCACAAAUCAACUGAACAUCAGGAUAGUCGUGGUGACUCAGAGCAAACAACCUCUGCCGGAACCCUGGUCAUUGAUGUUUCAGAUAUAGGACAGAAACCUGAGAGCUCAGAGACACCUUUCUACACGUCCGACGAGAAGACCUCUCCAGCCGUCAAGGACAAGGAGAAGGAUGAGAAAGAUAGAGGAAAAGAGGCGGAUAAAGACAAGUCUAGGGAAAGAGACGGUGAGAAGAAAGGAGACAAAGACUGUGAGAAAGAAAGAAUCAAGGGACUUGAGGGCGCCAGUCUGGACAGUCUUCUACAGCGGCUUCCUGGAUGUGUAAGCCGCGAUCUUAUAGAUCAACUCACUGUUGACUUCUGCUACUUGAACUCGAAAAGCAAUCGUAAAAAGCUGGUUAGGGCACUGUAUACUGUGCCACGUACCUCCCUGGAAUUGAUUCCUUAUUAUUCAAGGAUGAUUGCAACACUCUCGACAUGUAUGAAAGACGUUGCCCCAAUGAUUUUACAAUGGCUUGAAGAAGAGUUCAAUUUUUUGAUGACUAAAAAGGAUCAAAUGAAUAUUGAAACAAAGAUCAGAAACAUCAGAUUUCUAGGAGAGCUCGCCAAAUUCAAAGUUGCCCCUCCUGGACUUAUCUUCAGCUGCCUCAAGUGUUGCCUGGAUGAUUUCACACAUCAUAAUAUCGAUGUUGCUUGCAACUUGCUGGAGACAUGUGGACGUUUCCUGUAUCGAUCAACAGAAACCUCCCUUAGGAUGGGUAACAUGCUUGAGAUUAUUAUGCGACUCAAGAACGUCAAGAAUCUUGAUGCUCGUCACAGCACACUUGUUGAGAAUGCGUAUUACCAGUGUAAACCACCGGAAAGAUCAGCAAGAGUUUCUAAAGUCCGGCCACCUUUACACCAGUACAUACGCAAACUGCUCUUCACAGAUCUAGACAAGUCUUCAAUAGAGCGCGUGCUGAGGCAGCUCCGCAAGCUUCCUUGGAAUGAGAGCGAGCCUUACCUUUUGAAGUGUUUCAUGAAGGUCUACAAGGGGAAAUACAGCCAAGUGCACUUGAUUGCGUCUUUGACCGCAGGUCUUAGUCGAUAUCAUGAUGGGUUUGCCGUUUCUGUAGUCGAUGAGGUACUGGAGGAGAUAAGGAUUGGUCUUGAAAUGAAUGACUUCGGAAUGCAACAGAGGAGGAUUGCAUACAUGCGGUUUCUCGGAGAGCUCUACAGCUAUCGGUUGAUUGACUCGCCUGUCAUUUUUGAUACCCUUUAUCUGAUCAUAUUUUUUGGCUACGGAACUCCGGAGCAAGAUACUCUAGAUCCGCCAGAAGACUGCUUCCGUCUGCGCAUGGUCAUCACGCUGCUAGAAACUUGUGGGCAGUUCUUUGAUCGUGGUUCUUCAAAAAGAAGACUAGACCGGUUCCUUCUUUACUUUCAAAGAUACGUCCUAAGUAAAGGCGUCAUCCCUCUUGACGUAGAGUUUGACCUUCAAGACUUGUUUGCGGACCUUCGGCCUAAAAUGGUUCGAUUUUCGACCUUCGACGAAGCCAAUCAAGCACUUCUUGAACUGGAGGAGCGGGAAAAGAACAUAUCGGAAAAGCAAGGCAAUGGAAGAUCUCACCACCCCGAGACGAACUCGCAGGGCCCUAUGGAUAUCGCAAUACCAACAAUAAUGGGUGGCCGAGAGGGAAGAGGUCUUGAGCAGGGUCCAGGUGAAGCAAUGAGUCCAAUUGAAAAUGGAACAAGCUUGCCUGAUGAUGGAGAUAGUGACACAGAAACGGAAAGUGGUAGCAUGGAGCCGGAUGGGCAGGAAGAAGAGGAGGAGUUGGAAGAGGACAAGUACGCAGAGCACGACGAUGAUGGUGAUGAUGAGGAGGAGGAAGAAGUAAGUGGAGACGCGGUCGGUUCUGAGGAAGAAGAACAUGUCAAAAUGAAGCAGAAGAAAGUUGUCGAGGCGGACCCUGCAGAAGCAGAAGAGUUUGAGAGAGAGUUUAGGGCCUUAAUGCAGGAAAGUAUUGAUUCUCGCAAGCUUGAGAUGCGAGCAAGGCCAACUCUGAACAUGAUGAUACCCAUGAACCUUUUCGAGGGUAGCAAAGAUCAUGGACGGAUAACUGACGGAGAGAGUGGAGAUGAUGUUCCUGACGAGCAAGGAGGUAACAGUGUCAGGUUCCGUGUACUUGUAAAGAAGGGCAAUAAACAACAAACCAGGCAGUUGCACAUUCCUCGUGAUUGUUCUCUGGUCCAAAGCACAAAGCAAAAGGAGGCAGCAGAGCUGGAGGAGAAGCAGGACAUCAAGCGGCUGGUUUUGGAGUAUAAUGAGAGGGAGGAAGAGGAUAGAGGUGGAGCUGCCCCGCAACCUAUGAACUGGUCAGCUCCAUCUGCCCCAAACAUGGCUGGCAGGGGUUCUGGUGCUAAGGCAGGGUGGGAUGGAGCCCCUCGGUCAGGCAAUUCUCGCCAAAGGCGCCCAGUUGCUGCCGGAUAUGGUCGUCGACGAUGAGCUUGAGAUGUAGAAAUGCAUGGGCAUUUCUUUGAAGAAUGACUGAGCCAGUAGAUCGUGAAGGAUCGUGUGUAAAGAGCGUUGCUCCGUGAUGUUUCCUUUAUGCACAACUUCCAAUCGAUGCUGACUUCGACCAAGGGUUGAUCUCCACUCCAGCCAGGUCUUUAUGUCCUGGCACACAAGAUACACCCUUUGAAGUCACACCAGACCAGAGAUGAAAGACGAAAAUGCGGCAUGACAGAGAAUUCUGUGUACAACAAUCUGGGAUGGGAUGGGAUCAUUAUUUUUCGUCUCUGUGUCCGGUGGAGCAUUACAAAACUUUCCAAGGCGAUGAUGGGCUGCUGGGUACUUCAAUGUCUCCACUCUUACUUGAGUCCUUCAUCUACCAUGGGAGGCUAUGGUCGAGUCUCUCACGAAGCAAGCUGAGAACAGAAAGAUGCAUAUGUAGAUGGGUUGGGGGUUGGAGAAAACAAGGAUGCAUCAUGUUACUCAUCCUUGCCUGCGUUGUUCAGUAUCCACCAACAUGUAGAAGGCAGAGCAGCCAUCUGAAUUGUCAAUUAUGCUCUUAAAGGUAUACUAUUCACGAGAAUAAAGAUACACACAUGUACCAGUAGCAGCAGACAAAGGAAAGCACGCAGUUGUGUUUCAUGUUCACCUUCACUAUCUAAUUUCGGAGUGAAAAAGGCAAACCUGGCUAUUUUAGUGAAAGUCAGGGCUUACAGGAUCUGUUGAUCUUUUAUUUGUCUGAGUGAGAUGCAUUUAUGUUUUUACGCUGGGUUGAAGAUUGGGUGAGCCAAAGUGGAGGUUGGAGUUAUUCUGUGUCUCCUUCCUUCGUAUUCAAGAUCUUCCCUGCUUUUCAUAUACUUGGUUGACAAGUAUUUUUGUAGGCAUACAUCAGUCAACGCAUUUCCAAAUUGUUGUAUUUUGAUCUACAGGUCACAUACAUUUUAUGUCUCUAUCAGUGAUAGUAAUUUUGCCUCGAAAUUGUACAUCUCAAGCUUGAGAAUGACAAGUUCAAGAUACUGUUCCGACGUGAAAAAGUGUGGGUGGACGUAGUAGUACCAGAGAUCAGUUCCUCAAUGUCGUAUAGCAUCGCAGUAUUCACCAAUUCACUGUUGGAUCUUCAACAGUUACAUU